AUGUCCACGGAGAACAAAACAGCCUGCGAAGACUGCGCCCCAAUACCGCCUGAAGACGCGGCGUUUGCGUCUAUUGAGGCUGCAGGGUUGCAGGACCCGCGCGUCGAGCCUACGACGUACGACCCUCUCAAUCCCGCGACGUUCGUUGCCCCCAAGACGCUCAGCGCGCCGAGCGUAGUGAUCGAAUUUUGUGACAGAUGCCGAUGGUUGCAUCGCGCUACAUGGACAUCGACUGAGCUCUUCCUGACAUUCCCUCCGCCGAAUCUGAACAGCAUCACGCUCGUGCCGCUGAAUGCGGACGAGACGGCAGGCCGGUUCAGGGUGUGGUUGGCACACCAGGGGCCACACGGGGCGGAGGAGAUGGCGAUGGUGUGGGAUCGGAAGGUCGAAGGGAGGUUCCCGGAGAUGAAGGAGCUCAAGCAGAGGAUCAGGGAUUGGAUUCAACCAACGAAGUCACUUGGCCAUUCGGACCGUUGA